CCGGCGGCCCGGCGGCGAGGGCGAGGGCGCGGACGGCCUCCCCGAGCGGGCGGCGGUGUAUGGCGCCGUGACGGCCCCGCCGUCGCCGCCCCGCGCCCGGCCCCGGCCCAGCCGCCCUGCCGCCAUGGCCAGUGACAGCGGCGGGCCCGGCGGGCCGAGCGCCAGCGAGCGAGACCGGCAGUACUGCGAGCUGUGCGGGAAGAUGGAGAACCUGCUGCGCUGCGGCCGCUGCCGCAGCUCCUUCUACUGCUGCAAGGAGCACCAGCGCCAGGACUGGAAGAAGCACAAGCUCGUGUGCCAGGGCGGCGAGGCCGGCUCCGCGCCUGCGUCCCGGGCCUCGGGAGCCGCCACCCUCGCCGGGGCCACCACCGGCGCCGCUGCCGCCGGGGCGCGGGCGGCCGGGAAGGCGGCUCCUUCGCGCCGGGACUGCGCCGAGGCCGCGCGCGCGCCGGCCCCCGGGGACGCGGCCCAGGCCCGGGGUGGCCGCGGCCCGGCGGAGCCCGGCGUGGAGGAGCCGCCGGCCCGGCGCUCGCCCGGCCCCGAGCGCGCCAGCCUGUGUCCCGCGGGCGGCGCCCCCGGCGAGGCGCUGAGCCCCGGCGGCGGCCUGCGGCCCAACGGGCAGACGAAGCCGCUGCCCGCGUUGAAGCUGGCGCUGGAGUACAUCGUGCCGUGCAUGAACAAGCACGGCAUCUGCGUGGUGGACGACUUCCUGGGCAGGGAGACCGGGCAGCAGAUCGGCGACGAGGUGCGCGCGCUGCACGACACCGGCAAGUUCACGGACGGGCAGCUGGUCAGCCAGAAGAGCGACUCGUCCAAGGACAUUCGCGGCGACAAAAUCAUCUGGAUCGAGGGCAAGGAGCCCGGCUGCGAGACCAUCGGGCUACUCAUGAGCAGCAUGGACGACCUGAUCCGCCACUGCAGCGGGAAGCUGGGCAAUUACAAAAUCAACGGCCGGACGAAAGCCAUGGUCGCCUGUUACCCAGGCAAUGGAACGGGCUACGUUCGUCACGUUGAUAACCCGAAUGGAGAUGGACGGUGUGUGACGUGUAUAUAUUACCUGAAUAAGGACUGGGACGCCAAGGUAAGUGGAGGGAUACUUCGAAUUUUCCCAGAAGGCAAGGCCCAGUUUGCUGACAUUGAACCCAAAUUUGAUAGACUGCUGUUUUUCUGGUCUGACCGUCGCAACCCUCAUGAAGUACAGCCAGCAUACGCUACAAGGUACGCAAUAACUGUUUGGUAUUUUGAUGCAGAUGAGCGCGCGAGAGCUAAAGUAAAAUAUCUGACAGGUGAGAAGGGUGUGCGGGUGGAGCUCAACAAACCCUCCGAGUCCAUCGGCAAGGAGGCCCAGUAGGCCGUGCUGCACAGCCCACCGCACCUGCUGGCGUUGGACACUGUUUGCCAUCGAGUGUGAGCACAGCGAGUGCGUGGAGGAGACGCCGGCUGGCAUUUCAGCAAGGGACAGAGACAGCUCUGCUGGGGUUGGCGGAGCCGGCAGAGGGAGGACCGCGGCUUCCGGCGGGCAGAGGCGCCUUGGACACGGCUCCGCCCUGUGGAGAACCUUGUUCAUUCUUGUAUUUUACCACAUCUGUCAGUUCAUUUCACCUCUCUUUUUUAUAUCAAGUUUGAAUUUGGGAUAAUUUUUGUAUGAUUAGGUACAAUUUAUCAAAACUGAAUUGAGAAAAAAAUUACAGUAUUAUUCCUCAAAAUAACAUCAAUCUAUUUUUGUAAACUUCUUCGUACUAUUAAAUUCUGCCCUAAAAGACCUCGUGCGACGACUGUUGCCGUGACGCCAGUUCGUUUUCUUUUGACUGGAAAUAGGAAGGAGCACUUCAGUGACCUGCUGAAAACCCACUUGUUUUCUUGGCCUCUGAUUGGAACUCUUACGACAGUGAAGCCUAACGGUGAGGUGGUCCCCGCUGACUGCCGAGUAGCUUUUAGUUCAUGUUUUACAAGAAAAAAGGACACAGGAAGGGUUUGUCUUUUAAGUUAAUUCUUCUUUAAGCUAAGUGACCGGGACUAAUGAACUUGAGGCUGUCUGUCCUCAGUAUCAAGUUCCUGAGACCAGGGGCUCUCUUCUGCUUCAGGGGUCUCCUGUAGACGGAAGAUCCGUUUCCAAGACUUUCCCUUUGUCCCCUCCCUCCUCCUUCCUCGUAGGCUCCAUCUGAUCUGCAGAGCAGAACCUCAUUCUGUUGGAGAGCAUGCAGGGGUCCAGACCACGUGUAGGUGUGGACUUGGGUCCACUGGCUCCUCGGAUGGCGGUGAGGCAGUCCCCAUGUGACGUGGCCUUCUUCCUACCAGUACUGAAAGCUGCGUGCGUAGCACAGAAAAACCCAGUGUGACACCAAAUGCUUUAGUUUUACCGAUUUUCUUUUUCCCCUUUUAGAAGAGAGGGCCCGUUACCCAAUCGUACAAGGCCUCCCAGGCUUGUCAUCUCAAGGAUGGACGUCCAAGACUUCACUUCCCCAGGCUCCUUCGCCAACCCCGUGCUAGGUGUAAGUUGUGGGAGUGAGACCCGGCCCCUUAGGUUUCUAUCUGCCCUCAAUCUGCUUUGCCAAAACUUGAGUGUACAGAAACAUUUCUGUACAUUUCGGCUAUGACGGUUUCUGCAGCUGUAUACUUUGUAUUCAGUGGGAGACCUUUUCUAUGGAAAGCUCAGUAAUUUUUAUGAAAAGAUUGCUAUUGUUCAUGUAAAACAUGAAUGAAAAUCAAGUGAAGCUGACAGUGUGGCCUUGGGGGAUAAAGAUACUCACUACUGUGACCUGGGGUGGGGGCUUGCAGGGCAAAGUCCAGUUGUGCCCCUCGUCCUCUCCUUUGCCCCUGGUGACCGCUGACACCUCUCCAGCAAGUGCCUCCACCAGCCCGGCCAGGAGCGCGGGGCUCUGCCGUGUGGCUGUGGUGCCGUCUGCAGGGCCAGGCGAAGGCCCGCGCGCUGGUGGAAGGCAGCUGUCGGGAGCCUGCCAUCCUGCAGGCCGCACCUCCACAGGUGGGCAGAGCAGCAGCUCCUGCAGUCUGCGGUGGUGCCUGCCCAGCACGUCUUAAAUUGUGUACUUUUUGGAGAAGUUUAUGCACCUUCUUGGAGGUCAUUGUGAAAAGGUCACGAGAUUGGGAUGGUCGUCCUUCCUGUACGUCUGAAAUCCAUUGAUUUCAUUGAUUUCGGCACCAUCAGGACUGUUUAAGAGGAGACUUGAAGCUGUGUGUGGUCUGCGUUAGUCCUGGGGAAGAUAAAGCUUUAUGCUGCUGUUUGUACUGGACACAAUGACCAGCUGUAGGACACAGACCUUCGUCAUAGCAGGCAAAGACCUUCGGGACUCGCACACAGACCGGCUCUCCGUUGUGUCACUGGAGAGCAGUGUUGGCAUGGAAGCUCUCAAGUUGCUUGUAAAGCUAAUCUAAUAAAAAGAUGUAUAAAUGUUCUUGAAAACUACCGUUGUCAUUUCCAGCUGUCUUUUUUAACCAGCCUAGUCCAGCCUAAACGAUGGGGACAGACACAGCCCUGGUGUGGGAGCCAUGCCCAUCUGGGUUCUCGGCCAUGAACUCCCACCUGGGAGAGGGAUGUGAGUUCACCCGCAGCGGUUGGGUCAGUCCUGAGCUGAGGAGGACGGUGCGGGUCCUCCGGUGCUCACAGGCCUGCCGUGCGUGGGCACGUCCUGUCUCUUUAAAACUUUUAGUGUGUUUUUAAUGGUCUGGCCCAUCUUAAGUAGUUUUACUGGAACAUGUCGCUGAGUGGAAGAGAGGCCAAAUGAGUUAGAAAGGAAGGCUAAAUUAGGUAGGAUAGCCGGGUGCUGGUGGCUCAUCCUGUAAUUCUAGCUGAUCAGCAGGAUCGGAAGUUGAGGGCUAGCCUGGGCAAAGAGCUUACAAGACCCUAUCUUGGAAA